AGGAGGUGAGUUUAAGAAGUAACUGACGCGAAUGGCGGUAAGUACCGCCUCUAUCUUCUAUAUAAAUGAACCCUAGUUCUUGUGGUUCUCCGCCGGCUCCCCCCUCUCAGUUCUCACUUGCUUACCCUAAUUCGUCUCGAGCAGGAGUCUUCCUGCGGAAAGGAGAACAGAGCAACAUAUUUCCAACAUCUGGUGAAAUUUGCUUCCAGUUAUCACUCCAGGCGCAUCCAAAGCUUUGAUCUGAAAGCUCCCGAGGCAGAAUCACAACCUGUCCGACAGCCAUGGGGAUUUCGAGCCUGCCGACCCCAUCGGAGAGCGUGCUCACUCUCGUCCUCGUCAACACCGUCCUCACCAUCUCCAUCCUAAAGCAGCUCCUCCGCUCCCUCCUCCACCUCCUCCGCCUCCGUGCGUCGCCUCUUCUGCCGCCGGAGCACGCCGCCGGAGAGGGUUGCGAGCCGCACAGCCUGACGGACCGGUUCCGCAGCCACUGCAGGCCUAUCCGCUUCGGCUCGGCCCUGGGCCGGCGGCGGGCGGCAGCCGAGCGGGCAUCCGACUGCCGAGUCUGUCUCGCCCGGUUCGAACCGGACUCGAUGGUGAACACGCUUCCCUGCGGCCAUUUCUUCCACAAAGCCUGCCUGGAAACGUGGCUCGACUACCGGCACGCAACGUGCCCCCUCUGCCGGACCUACGUCCUCCCCGGCGAGAACACUACUGCCGCCGCCGUCUUCGUCUCGAGUUCUUCGCGGCCGUGGUUUUAGGACAUGGCAGAGAACGCCACGGACGGUGCGCGUGAUCACAUUUUCCAUUUUUGGGUUCUUGUAGGCAGAAAACACCCCUGAGUUUAUUAUCUUGAUUCCAAUUUCCGGAAGAAAAAAAAACUCAUUUUUAAAUUAAUUUUAAAAUCACUGAUUUUCAAAAAAAAUAGCACACGGUAAAUUUUCAUUUUCUAAAUUUUAGAAUGCUAAUGUGAUCUUGUGCAUCGGAGAAGAAAUAUUAAAUUUAAUUU